AUGACGAAGUUUGGCGGUGGUAGCAAGGGUAAGCAUCCGAAGUUUCUACUGAAUUUGCAGAUUAACGAGCUGGUGAACGUCCCGCAGUCCUCUGGGUACUGCUACGUGAAAUGGUCGUUCAAGGAUGGAACGGGGACGUCGAGGACUGUAGGUUUAUCUGGUGACUCUCGAGGCGACUAUUCCACGCAGAGCAAAGGUGUGACCGCCCAUGUGCCCCUUAAGCACCACCGGGCGCAGUGGAACUAUAGGCUGGACAAGCCUGUCCAGAUUAAGCUACAAAUUAAUAGGGAUGGGAAACUCUGCGAGAAGGAUCUAGUCCUGCAGAUUUAUUUUGAAGCGGUAAGCACGCCCUCCAGGACUGAUAAGCCUGUUGCGGGUGUCACUGGUGCGAGCAGCUCCUCUGAUACGAGCAGCAGCGCCGUCAGUUCCCCGCGGAAGAGUAUACUUCGCACGCCGUCGCUGAGGUCGUCUCAGAGUUUCGAGCUGUCGAACAGGAACAGUGUGUCGUCAUUCUCGCCGCAGGCAAACGGUUCACGCAAGAAUUCAUACACGCAGCGGGUGACGGGGACACUCUUACUGGGGACGGUCACCGUAAAUGUUGCCGAGUACGUGCGUAAGGAGGAGGAACCGAUCACCAACAGGUUUCUGCUGAAACAGUCGAAAGUAAACUCCAUCCUGAGUGUCACUUUCCAACUGAAGGUGAUCAGAGGUACUUACAGGGACUUCAAGAUCCCAUCCGACUUCAGCACAGGGCAACUGUCGAGCAGCUACCAAAACGGUAUCUCGAAGAUCUUUGAGAGAAACAGCUCCAUCACGAGCGGCGGGAGCACCACUGGUUCGGAUUUGCCCUCCAUGGCCGGUGGGGCAUCUGGUUUAGCAACGGGUGCUACAUACGUGUCCUCGAGGGGUAUCACGACGAUUGCGGGCCACUUGAACCCGCUCAUCAACACACUCCAUGACAGGACUUUCCAGCUAACAUGGGACCCACGCCCAAACGAACUUACACCAGCAGAAUGUGUCGAGAACAUUCUUAAGGGCGGGAACGGCUGGGCCAAGAACGAGAACGGCGUCAACCUAAUAGACAUCCAGGCUUUGAAGUUGAAGGACCUUGUCGAGAACAGCGCCGGCUUUGUCUCGAACGGGCCCAGCUGCGACUCCAAUGACACCGCGUGGGAUAACAUGAACAACAGGGAGUUCCUGGAGAUGAAGACUAACUCCGCGGGGCACGAUUGGUCACACCUAUCGUCGAAUCAGAGACAAAGAAUGAGAAACGGUUCUCAAAGUGAACAUGAGAAGCACUACGAGGACCAAGACGAGAGGAUCGCAGACCCGAUCGUCAGGGACGCCAAAAGCUGGACCAUCACUACUCCCGUUGUGUAA